AUGUGUGGUUUGAAUGUGCAAGCAUUUGUGUGGUGUGUGUUCUGGAGUUUGGGAAUGUGUUAUGUGUUAUUUUGUUUGAGCAGGUAUUUGUGAUGAUAGAUCUUGAGAAGAUCUUUCCGACGCAACAAGAAUCUCUUCAAUUGGAGCAACAACGCGAAAGCUAUGAAGAUUCAAAGUUCAUGAGCUUGCGUUACAAUUGCGGCGGUUACUAAGUGAAGUUGUGGGGUGACUUUAUAUGGAGUUGGGACCUUUGGGGUUGGGGAAACUUAAGAGCAAGGCCGAAGUGACCUUUGGACCAACCAGCUGCCGUGCUAAGCUUGGGAAGAAGGUGCUGUGGAGUCUGGAAGAGGAGACCAGCUGCAUCAAGGACCUGUGGCAGCUGCCCAUCAUCCCAUGGAAUGGGAAGACUCCAACAGCAGCAACGGCAGCAGCGGCAAAGGCAACAGCAGGAAGAGAUGCAACUGCACCAACUGAUGGGGUCCUGGAAGCAGUCAAGAAAGUGCAGCAGCAGCAGACACAUGGCGAGGUGCUUGCUGGUGUGGAUGCGAGUGCGGCAUGGGCUAAGGCUUCAUCAAGGAGUGGAGAGGCCGAUUGGGAGACAUGGCAUGAGAGGCUGUGUCAUGUGAACUUCCCUAUGCUGCAGAAGUUGGUGAAGAAUGGGAGCCUGAAGGGCUUGGAGGUGAAAGGGGAAGUGAAGGAGAUUGGGAGCUGCCCUACAUGCUUGGAGACCAAGUUCUCCAAGUUCCCCUUCAACAGCACUACAGGACCAGCCAAGACCCCACUUGCACUUGUGCACAUGGAUGUGGUGGGGCCCACAAGAGCGCCUUCCCUCUCAGGCAGCCGCUAUUUCUUGACAAUUGUGGAUGACCACACUCGGGCAGUGUGGGUUUACCCUUUGAAGAGCAAGGGGGAGGUGGCAGCGGCUGCUGGGAGUGUGGUUGAGCAGAUUGAGGAAGAUGAGAUCGCUCACUGCUACUGGGCACCAAUCCCUGAGCCCAAGACUCGAGAGGAGGCCUUGAAUGGACCAAAUGGGGAGAAGUGGAAGGCGAGUGAGGAUGAGGAGUUCGGGUCCCUGAUUGAAAACGAGACAUGGGACCUGUGUGACUUGCCUCCUGGAAAGAAGGCAAUCACUUCCAAGAUGAUCUACAGGCACAAGUAUGGACCUGAAGGGGAGCUGACCCGCUACAAGUCUAGGCUUGUGGCACGGGGGUUUCAGCAGACAAAGGGGAAGGACUAUGAUGAGGUGUUUGCUCCUGUGGGGAAAGGAACAACACUGAGGGUGCUGUUAGCGAUAGCUGCACUCCUGGGAUGGAAGAUACGGCAGAUGGACAUUGUGACAAUGAGUCCGCUGUGAAGCUCGCCAAGAAUGCUUGUCUGCAUGGGCUGACAAAACACAUAAGGCCUAAGUGGCAUUGGGU